UCCAGCUUACACAACUUAGUUUGAAGUUAGACUCAGUGGCCCAUAAGAUGGCAUUUUUGCUCAGAAAGCUUCAAUCUUGGUGAGCUUUUUGAAUCCUUGCUUGGAGAAAGCUUCAGAAACAAUGGUGUGGGCUCUGCUUGAAAUCAAAGAAGCAGUGUUAUCUGCUCCACCACCUCCAAGUUCCAAUCUUGAAUCAGAUAGUUUCAGUUUCGGGAACAAGGUCAGUCCGAGCAUAUUGCUCAUCAUCAUAAUUCUAGCCAUCAUCUUCUUUGUUUCGGGUUUGCUUCACCUGCUUAUUAGAUUCCUGUUAAGACCUCCAAGCAGAGACACAGAUGACUUGGAGAGUGUGACUGUUCUUCAAGGCCAGUUACAGCAACUCUUCCAUCUGCAUGAUGCUGGAGUUGACCAGUCCUUCAUAGACACCCUUCCUGUGUUUAAUUACAAAGCUAUUAUUGGAUUGAAGAAUCCUUUUGAUUGUGCUGUUUGUCUCUGUGAGUUUGAGCCUGAAGACCAGCUCAGAUUGUUGCCAAAAUGUAGCCAUGCUUUUCAUAUGGAGUGUAUAGACACUUGGCUCUUGUCUCACUCCACCUGCCCUCUGUGUAGAUCCACUUUGCUUCCUGAGUUCUCUCAAAACAAUACCUGUUCUCCCAUUGUUCUUGUUCUCGAAUCGGGUAGUGUCGAAAACUCGAGAGAGAUUAAUGUUUCUGGUAGAGACCAUCUGGCUGCCGUAGGCAGAACUGGUUCUGUUUUAGGUCCGAAUUCCCAACUGGGAUUGCACGGAGACAUGGAAUUGGGUUUGUCCCAACAUAAAUCUUGCGAAAUCAUGAAGAAAGAUGAAGGGAACCCGAAUCCGGCAGUUGCAGUAGAUCAGGAGGAAAAAGUAGUGCAAGUAAAGCUUGGCAAGUUCAGGAAUGUCGAUGGAGGUGAAGGGAGUAGUAAUAGAAAUGUGGAUGUAAGAAGGUGUUUUUCAAUGGGGUCUUUUGCUUAUGUAAUGGAUGAAAAUUCUUCAUUGCAAGUACCCAUUAGAAGAUCGACGAACAAACAAUCUAGCAAGAAGUCCAGUUUUCCUUUAGAGCCAGGCCAUAGGCAAGCAAUGUCUGAAUGCGAUUUCGAGUCUAGAAGAGAGUUCAAGUUCAAUGGGGCUGAUGCAAUUGGAAGCCUUGAAAUGGAAGGGACUCACAGUGCUAGCAUUACUAGUGGUAAUGGCAUUGGGAGGAGCAAGAGGGAGAGCUUCUCCAUAUCAAAGAUUUGGCUCAGGAAUAAGAAUGAGAAGCCGAAUGUGGUAGCCGCCGAUCUGUCUAGGAGGGCGUUUUCGUUCCGGUUUCCAGGUCACCGGGCAGGCGCAGAUGAAGGAAAAGCAAAGAAUGGUGGUGGGAGCAGGAGGACUAUUUCCGAAUUUGACAUAGGAAGGUGGGAAAAUGGGGGGAGUGAUGGGAAUUUAAGCUGCAACAGUUGGGAUUCUCAAGCAAAUCCACCAUCUUUUGCAAGGAGGACUCUGCUUUGGCUUAUGGGAAGACAGAACAAAGUUGUUCAUUCAUCUUUAGAUCCCACUAUCUAGUUUAUUUUCCUUCUUUAUAUAAUAUCUUUUGGUUUAAUUAUAAUUCUUUACUAGAAACAUAAUUGUCAUCUUUGAAUGAAAAACAAAGGAGCAAAC